AAAGAGAAUAUAAAUUUUCUAUUCGCUGUGGGUGGCGGUUCGGUCAUAGAUGGUACGAAAUUUUUAGCGGCAGCAGCUUUAUUUGAAGGAGAUACUUGGGAUAUACUAAAGAAAGGAAUACGAGUCACCAAGGCGUUACCAUUUGCGAGUGUUUUGACAUUGCCAGCUACAGGCUCCGAAAUGAAUAGUGGUGCUGUCAUCACUAGAAAAUCCACUGGAGAGAAACUCGGUAUGGGAAGCCCAGUAUUGUUUCCUAAGUUUUCCUGUCUCAAUCCAGAAGUCAUCAAAUCACUCCCUCAGCGUCAGUUGAAAAAUGGUAUAGUCGAUGCCUUUACACACGUACUAGAGCAAUAUAUGACCUAUCCUAUAGGAGCAGAACUCCAAGAUAGAAUUUCGGAGAGCAUACUCAAAACCCUGAUAGAUAUAGCUCCCAAAGUCAUAUUCGAACCGUAUGAUCAGAACAUAGCUUCUAAUUUUAUGUGGUGCUGUACGAUGGCGCUCAAUGGUUUGAUUCAGAAAGGAGUUCCUACCGACUGGGCUACCCACAUGAUAGGGCACGAAUUGACAGCAAAAUAUGAUAUAGACCACGCUAUGACCUUAGCCAUUAUUUUCCCGAAUCUAUGGAGAUAUAAAUUUGAAAAUAAAAAGGAAAAACUGGCGCAAUAUGCAGAGCGUAUAUUUAGUGUAAAUACGGGAAGUACGGAAGAAAAAGCGGAUCAAGCCAUUCAGAAAACGAUUGAGUUUUUGCAUAGUAUUGAUGUGAAAACGAAAUUGAGCGAAUACACAGAAAACUAUAAUGGCUUCUCAGACGAAGUCAAGCAAACCUUUGAAACUCGGAAUUGGGUAGCGCUAGGGGAGCGAAAAGAUAUUACUCCUGAGGAUGUGAGGAAGAUUGUGGAGAUGAGGCACGAAUUGACAGCAAAAUAUGAUAUAGACCACGCUAUGACCUUAGCCAUUAUUUUCCCGAAUCUAUGGAGAUAUAAAUUUGAAAAUAAAAAGGAAAAACUGGCGCAAUAUGCAGAGCGUAUAUUUAGUGUAAAUACGGGAAGUACGGAAGAAAAAGCGGAUCAAGCCAUUCAGAAAACGAUUGAGUUUUUGCAUAGUAUUGAUGUGAAAACGAAAUUGAGCGAAUACACAGAAAACUAUAAUGGCUUCUCAGACGAAGUCAAGCAAACCUUUGAAACUCGGAAUUGGGUAGCGCUAGGGGAGCGAAAAGAUAUUACUCCUGAGGAUGUGAGGAAGAUUGUGGAGAUGAGUUGUUAG